AUGAACAUUUCCGCAGAAUCUAAUCCCCAUUGCUUCGCCGCUCAACCCCAAAGGUCAUUCUUGGAAAAUGAUAAUGCUAUCGUUUUCACGGAUGAAGACAUGGAGGUCCCAUAUCCGGAUCACAGGAGGCCACUUUAUUUGGAGGGACAAAUCAACGAUGUAUUUAUAAGAAGGGCUUUGGUAGACACGGGUUCCUCUGUCAACAUAUUACCCUUGUCCGUGCUUACAGCAGCUGGCAUUCCAUUAUCCAAAAUUGUCCAAUCGCAAACAAGCAUUAGUGGUUUCGGGAACAAGAGUGAAGUCACAGUCGGGCACAUGCAAGUAAAUUUGAAGGUUGGACCGAUUCGGUCACUUACUAAGUUCUAUGUCGUAGAUGUGGAUGUGGCUUAUCAUGCUUUGCUUGGGAGGCCAUGGCUUAAUAAGCAUAAGCUUGUGGUCUCUACUUACCAUCAGUGCAUGAAGGGAAGGAUUGGGCUAAGGCCGCUACGAAUACCCGGAAAUCAAGCACUGUUCAACAAGAAUGAAGCUCACUACUCUGAGGCGGAGUUUUACACUGAAUGCACAGGUGCUGGAAGCAACCCGUCCAAGGAUUUCGGGACUUACCUUCCUUCGUGGACUGAAAUUCGUGAUCUAAGCAAUGAGGAGCUCAUCACCAUUAUCGACUGA